AUGGUGGUCCUGGGGUGUGGAACGGGGCCUACAUGCCACCAACAGGCGGCCAUCGGACCUCAUUGGGACGACUACAAGCUCGACGCUACAUCGACAACUGCCUCAACUCCCAAGUCUCGUUGGUCAAGGACACCGGCGUGGGGGCCUUUCGAGGUGGUCAACGAACCUGGGGGAUCCAUCUUGCGUCUAAGCGACUCCGAGCCUUGCUACGACACGACCAUCACGGCCAGAGUGGCGCUGCUGGACCUGCCUCUACAUCCACAUGGAACGGCCAGUUCGCGCAGAUUGACGCCUUCCCCAACACCCACAAACCACUACACCGGGACGAAAUGCCUGGAACAAGGCGGCGGGAGGAAGCGACGCCAUCUCGAUUCUUCAGUGCACGCCUACGAAUGGGGGGGAUCCUGGAGUCCCAACGCGCCCUUCACGGUGAACGCCGAUGACUACGCCUAG